CAGCGGCCUGUGUGGGGGCACAAUGUGGACCUUCUGCUCUUUCGCUUUUGUACUGGCCUUAGUCGCAAUUGUGGAGGCACAGUGGUGGUUACCGUCAGGGCUGUUUGGUAGAUUAUUUGAAAACUGUUUGAGUCCGCCCAUGGAAUGUCCCAACGAGAAUAUAAAAUUUUUCUUGUACACGAGAGAAACACAAGAUUCGCCUCACUUACUUGAUGUAAAUGACCCAUCCUCAUUUAAGUCUGCUGGAUUUGUGAAAGGAAAACCUCUUAAGAUUCUCAUACAUGGAUACACUGGUCAUCGUGACUUUUCUCCAAAUACAGAAAUACGUCCGGCAUACCUGCAGAAUGGGGAAUACAACGUAAUCUCAGUUGAUUACGGCCCUCUCGCACAAGAGCCAUGCUACAUACAAGCUGCUUACAAUACGCCGUUGGUUGGGAAGUGUACAGCGCAGUUACUUGAUAAACUCAUCGAUGACGGUGUAGUACCACUGUCAGAUGUACACGUCAUUGGCUUCAGUUUAGGAGCACAAGUGGCCGGGCAAGUUGGACAAUACUUGAAAUCAGGAAAACUCCCUCGUCUUACAGGUCUUGACCCAGCAAUGCCAUUAUUUGCAACUCCUUGGAAAUCCAAUAAGCUGGAUUCCACAGACGCUGUCUUUGUUGACGUUAUACAUACGAAUGCAGGCUCUAAAGGAAAGAUUGAUGCAAGUGGCGAUGUGGACUUUUAUACGAACGGUGGAUUCCAGCAACCAGGAUGUGACGCACCAGGAAUUCCUAGUUCAGAUAGCUGCGCUCAUGCUAGAGCACCGGAAUAUUUUGCAGAAUCAAUAUCAUCUGAUGAGGGGUUUUGGGGAACCCCUUGUGACAGCUGGACACAAUACCUUUUAAAUCUUUGUAAUAAUUCAGGGCCAAAAAUAGAAAUGGGAGAACAUGUGCCUCUGAAUGCAACAGGCAGCUAUUUUCUCUUCACUAAUAUACAACCACCAUAUGCCAGAGGUACCGCUGGAGCUUUCAACAUUUCAAUAAACUGAAUCAAAUGUGUGACAGUUUUCAGGAGCCUAAGGCAACCAUGACAUGAAAAGCGGGUGUGAGAAAAUAACAAACGUUAUUUGAAACAAGAUUUGAGUGACUUCAAGCAUAUGAAUCAUUCUGUGUCCUAGUGACAGUGAAUAUAGCAUAAAUGACAAAUAAUGCCUGAAUUGCUUGAUGAAACUCUUCAGUUACACAAUUAUGUGACUAUAUAACUUUUCUUUUAUUGUUUCAGUUCUAGAAAAGAUCUUAUCAUUUCCCACUUUUGGUCUAUACAUUGUAUGAACCUCAACCUAGACUAUUCGCAGUUAUAUAACAAAUCACUUCACCCUAACUGUAAAAUGUUUUACCAAACGCAGUUACUGUUAUGUUCUUAAGCAUAAGGGGCAUAAUUAGAAAUAAUAUGUCAAAAUUUUACUUCUGUCUACAAAAUUGCU